AUGGGUUUGGGAAGCGAGGUGAAAACGUCGUCGUUCAUGAGCGAUUUUCUGGAGAAGUGCGGUGGCUGUGCCCGUCUGGACGGCGGGUUUGCGACGGAGCUGGAACUGCAUGGAGCUGAUCUCAACGAUCCUCUCAGGAGAGCCAAAAUGCCUCGUCAGUUCUCCUCACCUCGUCCGAAGGGUACGUACGUACAUUUGGACUACCUUGAUGUUGGAGCAAACAUCAUAAUAACCGCAUCUUAUCAGGCCACAAUUCAGGGUUUUGAGGCCAAAGGUUUCUCUAAAGAAGAAGCCAAAGCCCUGCUCAGGAAAAGUGUAGAAAUUGCAAUGGAGGCACGAGAAAUUUACUAUGACAAAUGCACCAAAGGUUCUUGGGAUUUUGUGGACGCAGGAAAGCCUUCAAGACAUCCAGUUCUAGUUGCAGCAUCUGUGGGAAGCUAUGGAGCCUAUUUGGCUGAUGGUUCCAAGUAUAGGUCAGUUAACUCAGCAUAUGAUUGA